AUGAUGGCGCGAGUCACGGACAACGGAGCUGUCUCAGAGGCAUUCGCAGUGACCAACGGAGUGAAGCAGGGCUGUGUGCUGGCGCCUACCCUCUUCAGUCUUAUGUUCUCUGCCAUGCUGAUGGACGCCUACCGCGACAAACGCCCCGGGAUCCGCAUCGCCUACAGGACGGACGGUCACCUGCUGAAUCAACGGCGGAUGCACUUCCAAUCGCGCGUAUCCACAACCACCAUUCACGAACUUCUCUUCGCCGACGACUGCGCCCUGAACACUACCUCGGAAGAGGAGAUGAAAGGCCGUAUGGACCUGUUCUCCGCCGACUGCGAGAACUUCGGUCUGGUCAUCAACACACAGAAGACGGUGGUGAUGCACCAACCUCCACCCAACACCGCCACUCCCCCCAACGCGCCGCAAAUCAGCGUGAAUAUGACCCAACUGCAAGUGGUGGAGAACUUCCUGUACCUGGGCAGUACCCUCUCCCGCAACACCAAGAUCGAUGACGAAGUCGCCAACAGGAUCUCGAAAGCCAGUCAAGUCUUUGGCCGCCUCCAAAGCAAAGUUUGGAAUCGUCAUGGUCUCCAAAUGAGCACGAAGCUGAAGAUAUACAAAGCCGUCAUCCUGCCGACGCUGCUAUACGGAGCGGAGACUUGGACGGUGUACACAAAGCAGACACGCCGACUGAACCACUUCCACCUCAGUUGUCUCCGUCGCAUCCUGAGGCUGAACUGA